AUGCUGAGGUUUGUUUUUCUCCCGCGAAGUUUCCGUAUUUUAAGGAACUCGUUACCGCCUUUUGAACAACCGUAGCCUUGCUUUUGUAUUAGGCCUGGUCAUCGCACCUGUAUCAAACUAUAUUGUGUAUACGACCUUUGCUCGUCAGUUUAUGCGGAAAUUGCAAGAAGCCCCGUUAAAAACUGAUUGUUCGCAUAUAUUUAACUUCCAUUCGUAGAGGUUGGGAGGAACGUCCCGUGGCGGAAAUUCUUGAUGCCAGGCCGCUAAACGAAACCGAGGUUGAAGAAAGACGCGAACUGUACGGUGAAAAUGACAUUCCUCUCCCUCCACAGGGUCUUUGCACAUUGCUUUUGAAGGAGGUGGGCAAGACCGUAUCUUACAAAUUUACUUUCACUGUUUUCUGCGUCAAAAUUCGACUGGUUAAUUUUUAAACGAGCAAUUUGCAUCACGCUCUUUUCCAUCUAUGCUUGGUAUAUGUUUGUUAACUUGGAUUUUUUGUUGAAUCAGGGCCUCAACCCCUUCUACGUCUUCCAAAUAUGUAGCUGCAUACUUUGGUUCAGCGACGACUACUACUACUACGCUUCGUGCAUUGUCGUCAUUUCUGCAUUUUCAUUGUCAUGGCAGCUGUACGAAAUACGCAAGGUGAGUUAUGCCUAGGACCUGACUUGGAUACUACCUUUUAGGGUAUCACAUUGCGUUUGCUUUUAAAAGGGAUUUCAUCACUGAAUACUGCGAUAUUUGAAAUAUGGUUUAUUGUACAAUUAAAACUCCUAUUUUAAGUCAACUCCUUUCCACCUUAAAAUGCGUUUUAAAUGUCACUGUAACAUAAUUAGGACUUGGCCAGGCGAAAGUUUGGUCUUAUAUUUUAGUUCAUAAACUUAAGCAAUUUCCAGCAAAAAAACCGCAAAAUAUUUUAUAGAAAUUUAUAUAAAAUAACGCUAUGCAAUGUUCCAGGAUCCAUGGCCACAUACACGAGUUAUUAGGGAUAUGUUGGAAUAACAGCACUAGGAAGGCUGAUCCCUCCGAAAUGCUUUCGACCACGAAAGAAGGAAUGAAAGGGGAAUAAUUUGAUGCAGUCUGGGGCGUGUGAUUAAAAAUAAGUAUACUCUGCAACUGCUCUUGAAACCAAUUCAGUCAAUCAAACCACAAUUAAUCACUGAAUGUAUCAAAAGUUACUCAAUGCCAGGGAUGUUUCUUAGUUAAUGACAUACGCAUUUUGGUUUUUCAGCACUACUUUGUUUCGAAGCAGUUAGAAGUUUUCGACGAUUGUGAGAAACAAUGGAAUUAGAUUAGCUCGUCUUUUGGAAGACCUUUUUUAGUUUAGUUACCAAAGUUGAGAAAGAUAAAUCCAAAAUAGAGGCUAGUUCACUUAUAGAUGGUGGUUCGUUAUGCACUCGACACAGUGUUAUUGCAAAAUUUCUUGGAUGUAACCGCUUUAAAAGUUGCAGAGCUUAUUCAGCAUACAGAUGGCGGAAUUCGACUAAGCGUGUUAGCGGGUAACGCCUUUGGCAUUUUGAAGAAAUGCAGUUCAUUCUUCAACAAAAGCCAGUUUUUGAAGGGUAUGGGAGUCUUUAAUCGGCAUUUUCGCAGAACCUAGACUAGCGUUCCAAAUCAGCCAACAGUAAUGCUUGCAAAAUAGCUAGAAAUCGGUUGUACACCGUUACGUAAUCGUCCGCUGGGAGCGGGAAAGGCUUAGAGGCAAGCUUUACCUGGUUUUUGAGAAACAUCAUGUACUUUGCUGCUCUUUUAUAACCGCAAUCUUAUUUGUAAAAAAUUUUGAAGUGCUAUCAAACAUGUUGGUUUUGCAAAUACCAAAGGAAAAAAACUAUUGGUCUGCCUAUUAAUGGGCAGUUAUGUAAACUUUAAGAUCGUGAAUACAAAGUGUGUGUUUCAUUUAGAUUGGUCUCAAUCAGCCUAAGGAUUUGAUGCGGAGUGUUGUUAGAAAGAAAAUCGCCUAAACAAUCAGGAGGGGGAGGAAGGAGUCAGGCUGCUGUAGCACGUAAUUGGCGCUUAAUUUCCUUGCCGUCAACAAGCAAAGGCGCUUUAAACUACGACAACAUGUUAGCAGUCGUGGUCUGAAAACUAUGUGACAGACUCCUUACCUGGAGCUAGGUUCUAGAAGCUUUACAGUGCGACGGUGACCAGUCACCUAUCGACCGCAACAAAGAAAAUCGUCCUUACUCCA